AUGACCUCAUCGGCGCCCACCGAGCGCUUCCACGUGUUGGCCCAAUUGGAGCACUUGCAAUCGAAAUACACUGGAUGCGGACACGCCGACACGUCACGAUGGGAGUGGAUGACGAAUGUACAUAGAGACACGUACGCUUCGUUGGUCGGUCAUCCGGGUCUCCUCUCAUACAUGGCGGUUUGUGAGCACGAGUCGCGCGCUCGUACCAAGUUCAACCUCAUCAAUCGGAUGGUGCAACCAUGCGGCCCACCACCAGAGAAGAGUCCCCUUGACGACGAU